GAAAAUGGGAAGAGGGAAAGUAGAGGUAAAGAGAAUAGAGAAUGCAACAAAGAGAGAGGAGACGUUCUCAAGAAGAACAAAUGGUUUGCUUAAGAAAGCCUUUGAGCUUUCCCUUCUCUGUGAUGCUGAGGUUGCUCUUCUCAUCUUCUCUCCUUCUUCUCCAAAACCCCAUCUCUUCUCCAGCCAUGGCAUGGAUAGGACCAUGAUAAGAUAUCGCCGUGAAAAGGGAUCGGGCACCACGAACAACAGUGGAAUUAGGACGUUCGAGGUGUGGAAGGAUGAAAUGGAAGAAAUGAAGAGAAUGCUUGAGGCCUUAGAAACUAAACACAAGCAUUUUGCCGGAGACGAUCUAUCGACGUUAGGGAUGAAAGACUUACAGAAACUCGAGCGUCAAUUGAGGAUCGGAGUUGAUCGUGUACGCUCUAAAAAGCGGCGUCUUUUAUCCGAGCACAUAAGCUUACUCAAGAGAAACCUAAAAAGCAUGCAAGAGAAGAACACCCUUCUUAACAAGAAAUUGAAGGAUGGCAUCGAUGGUAAUUCAUCACUCGAUCAUGAUAUACAGAGCUUAAAAAUAGCUGGAGGAAGACCGACAAUCGUCUUUGUGAGCGAGAAGAGUCUUGAAUAUGAUCUUAAAUGCAAUUCAACCAAAAAGCCGAACGUGAACCUAAGCUUUGUUUAUGGUUUAACGUUCGGUUCCAAUUAAUAAGCUUUUCUGUAUUCUUAAAAACUGUGUACGUGUUACUGAGUUAUAAGUCAGGUAAUGGUUUCUUUUCCUGUUUGAAA